AUGCGGUGCCUGGCUCUGCUCGGCUUCUUCGCCUGGGGCUUCGGGAGCUCGGCUGGGCCCAGCGGCGGAGCUUCCCCUCCUCCUUGCCCGGCUUCCUGCAGCUGCGAUGGGGACGGAGGAGUCGAUUGCUCCGGCAGGGGGUUGACCACCGUGCCUGAGGGUCUCAGCGCCUUCACCCACGCCCUGGAUAUCAGUAUGAACAACAUCACAAAGCUACCAGAGGAUGCAUUUAAGAACUUUCCUUAUCUUGAAGAGCUACGACUGGCUGGCAAUGACCUUUCUUUUAUCCAUACGAAGGCCUUGUCUGGGUUGAAAGAACUCAAAGUGCUAACCCUACAGAACAAUCAGCUGAAGACUGUACCUAAUGAGGCCAUUAGAGGACUAAGUGGUUUACAAUCCUUGCGUUUAGAUGCUAACCAUAUUACUGCAGUCCCAGAAGACAGUUUUGAGGGUCUUGUCCAGCUACGUCACCUGUGGCUGGAUGACAACAGCUUGACAGAAGUCCCCAUUCAUCCACUCAGCAAUCUUCCUUCUUUGCAGGCCUUAACUCUGGCUCUCAACAAAAUAACACACAUUCCUGACUUUGCAUUUACAAACCUUUCAAGUCUCGUUGUUCUGCAUCUUCAUAACAAUAAAAUAAAAAAGAUAGGAAAACAUUGUUUUGAUGGAUUAGACAACCUAGAAACUUUGGAUUUAAAUUAUAACAACAUGGUAGAAUUCCCUGAAGCCAUUAAAGCACUUCCAAGCCUAAAGGAGCUGGGAUUUCACAGUAAUUACAUUUCCAUAAUCCCCAAUGGUGCAUUUGAGGGAAAUCCCCUUCUAAGGACUAUACAUUUGUAUGAUAAUCCUCUCUCUUUUGUGGGGAACUCGGCAUUUCAGAAUUUAUCAGAUCUGCACUCCUUGGUCAUUCGGGGUGCCAGCAUGGUGCAGUGGUUUCCUAAUUUGACAGGAACCAGUAAUCUGGAGAGCCUGACUCUUACAGGCACCAAGAUAAGCAGUAUUCCCAUUAACCUAUGCCAAGAACAAAAGAUGCUUCGGACUUUGGACUUGUCUUAUAAUAACAUAAAAGAGCUUUCGAGUUUUAAGGGCUGCAGUUCCUUAGAAGAAAUUUCCUUACAACAUAAUCAAAUCCAGGAAAUCAAAGAAGACACCUUUCAGGGACUAACUUCCCUGCGCAUCCUUGAUCUCAGUCGAAACUUGAUCCAGCAGGUUCACAAGGAGGCAUUUACUACACUUGGUGCUAUAACUAAUCUAGACUUAAGUUUCAAUGAGCUGACUUCAUUUCCAACUGAAGGACUGAAUGGGCUAAACCAGCUUAAACUUGCAGGCAACUCUGAGCUGAAAGAAGCAUUGGCAGCAAAGGACUUUGUGAAGCUCCGGUCUCUGUCUGUUCCAUAUGCCUACCAGUGCUGUGCAUUUUGGGGUUGUGACUCUUAUUUGAAUUCUAACAUGGAAGAUUCCAGCCACCACGAUCAGAGCGUGUUGAUAGAUCAUGAUAGAGCUACAGCAGAUGCAGAUGUUCCAAACGCUGAUGAGAAUGAAGAACUGGGUCAGACAAUUAUUCAUUGUACACCCACGACAGGUGCUUUUAAGCCCUGUGAAUAUUUACUGGGAAGCUGGAUGAUUCGACUUACUGUCUGGUUUAUUUUUCUGGUUGCCUUGUUCUUCAACCUGCUUGUCAUGUUAACGAUAUUUGCAUCUUGUACUCCAUUGUCUUCCUCCAAACUGUUUAUAGGCCUGAUUUCUGUCUCUAAUUUAUUUAUGGGAAUCUAUACUGGUAUAUUAACUUUCCUGGAUGCAGUCUCUUGGGGAAGAUUUGCUGAAUUUGGCAUAUGGUGGGAGACUGGCAGUGGUUGUAAAGUUGCUGGGUUUCUUGCAGUCUUUUCAUCAGAAAGUGCCAUUUUUUUCCUGAUGUUGGCAGCUGUUGAACGAAGCUUCUCCGCAAAACAGAUAAUUAAAAAUGGGAAAAGCAAUCACCUAAAACAAUUCCAAAUUGCUGCAGUUUUUGCUUUCCUGUGUGCUAUGGUAGCUGGAUGCUUACCACUUUUCCAUAAAGGGGAGUAUUCAGCCUCACCACUCUGCUUGCCCUUCCCCACCGGAGAAACACCUUCACUAGGGUUUACAGUAACUUUAGUGCUCCUAAACUCAUUAGCAUUUUUGCUAAUGGCUAUUAUCUAUACUAAACUUUACUGCAACUUGGAAAAAGAGGACCUCUCAGAAAACACACAAUCCAGCAUGAUUAAGCAUGUCGCUUGGCUAAUCUUCACCAAUUGCAUCUUUUUCUGUCCUGUUGCAUUUUUCUCAUUUGCACCACUGAUCACUGCAAUCUCUAUCAGCCCUGAAAUAAUGAAGUCUGUUACGCUAAUAUUUUUCCCAUUACCUGCUUGUCUGAAUCCAGUCCUAUACGUUUUUUUCAACCCAAUGUUCAAGGAAGACUGGAAAUUACUUAGACGGCAUAUCACCAAAAAAAAUGGAGUAGUGGCAAUUGCUGUCAAUACUCAAGGUGGCUGUGUGACACAGGAUUUCUACUAUGACUGUGGCAUGUAUUCACAUUUGCAGGGUAACCUUACCAUGUGUGAAUGUUGUGAAUCACUUCUUUUAUCCAAACCUGUACCAUGCAAACACUUAAUAAAAUCACACAGUUGUCCUACACUGGCAGUGGUGCCUUGCCAACGGCCAGAUGGGUAUUGGUCAGACUGUGGCACACAGUCUGCUCAUUCUGAUUAUGCAGAUGAGGAUGACUCUUUUGUGUCGGACAGUUCAGACCAAGUGCAGGCCUGUGGUCGCGCAUGUUUCUAUCAAAGCAGAGGAUUCCCUUUGGUUCGUUAUGCCUACAAUAUACCAAGAAUUAAAGACUGA